AUGCACAAGUCCAACUUUCCACUUACUCCGCCCUCCCCGUACGACCCCUUCAAUGUGGAAGAAACACUAAUCAGACUCACCGAGAAAGAAAAGAUUGAUUUGUUAACAGGCAUUGAUCACUGGCACACAGCUGGAGUGCCGCGACUAGGCGUACCCUCGAUCCGAGUCUCGGAUGGACCAAACGGAGUACGAGGGACGCGAUUCUUCAAUGGCCAGAGAGCGGCCUGCCUACCAUGCGGCACAGCGCUGGGGGCGACGUGGGACACGGAGCUUCUACAGCGUGCCGGCGACUUGUUGGGAGAAGAAACAAAAGCAAAAGGCGCUCACGUACUUCUCGGUCCGACCGUGAAUAUGCAACGUAGUCCACUGGGAGGUCGUGGUUUUGAGUCCUUCUCGGAGGAUCCAAUCCUUGCCGGUAGUUGCGCUGCCUCCGUUGUCAGAGGUAUACAAAAGACCGGGACAGCAGCAUGCAUCAAGCACUUUGUCGCGAACGAUCAAGAGCACGAGCGGAUGGCGGUCAGUGCAAUUGUAACGGAUCGAGCGUUGCGGGAGAUUUAUUUGCUCCCCUUUCAAAUUACUAUAAGGGAAUCGGCACCAAGAGCUCUUAUGACUGCAUAUAACAAGAUUAACGGAACUCACGCGAGUGAGAGACGUGAAUAUAUCCAGCACAUUCUCAGAGAAGAAUGGGGCUGGGAGGGCCUCGUAAUGAGCGACUGGUAUGGCACAUAUUCUACAGCCGAAGCAAUUAAUGCAGGCCUUGAUUUAGAAAUGCCCGGGCCGUCUCGCUGGCGUGGCCAACUACUCAGCCAUGCUUUGCUCUCCAAGAAGGUCACACGGCACACACUGGAUCAAAGAGUCCGUGAAGUACUUAGAUUCGUUACUCAAGCUGCAAAAACGGGAAUACCAGAAAAUGCACCCGAGAGAGCUCGAAACGUGCCUGAGACCGCCGAACUGUUGCGGAAGCUCAGCGCCGACUCAAUGGUGCUGUUGAAGAAUGAGCAUGAUGUCCUGCCGCUCGAUAAGGCCAAGUCUGUUGCCGCCAUUGGUCCAAACACGAAGAAUCCAGCCUUUUGUGGCGGUGGUUCUGCGAGUCUUCAACCCUACUACGUGGUGUCUCCCUUUGAAGGCAUGAUGAGAAAGGCACAAGAUGUCCAAUAUGCCGUCGGAUGUGCGGCGUACAAGCUACUCCCAUUGCUCGGACCGCAUCUCAGAACGAAAGACGGAAACCCAGGUGUUACGUUCAAAGCUUAUGCCUCACCGCCAACCGAGGCAGGAAGCGAGCCAGUCGAAAUCCUCAACGUACUGGACACUUACAUAUAUCUAUCGGACUAUUCGCAUCCGCGACUUGUGCAAGAUCUCUGGUGGGCUGAAGUCGAAGGAUAUUUUACCGCUGAAGAGACUGGCGACUUUCAAUUUGGACUAACCGUGUAUGGCACCGGCAAGCUCUACAUUGACGACGAGCUAGUAGUCGAUAAUGAAGCGAAGCAACGCAGCGGUGGCAGUUUUUUUAAUGUUGGUACUGUGGAAGAAAUCGGGAUAAAGCGCGUUUAUCAGGGCAUGACGUACAAGCUGAAAGUUUCUUUUGCUAGCGGCGUAACGUCGAAGCUUGCUAAUCCCGAUGGUGUUGUAUCGUUCGGCGGUGGUGGUAUCAGGAUCGGAGGCGCCAAAAUUCUCGACCCUGAAGAAGAAAUAAGAAAGGCGGUACAGCUUGCCAAAAGCGUGGACCAGGCUGUCCUCUUCGUUGGACUCAAUUCGGACUACGAACAGGAAGGCCACGAUCGUCAACAUAUGCAUCUCCCGGGCCUGACAGACAGACUGGUCCAGGAAGUAGCUGCAGCAAACCCACGUACUGUCGUGGUCGUUCAGUCUGGUACGCCGGUCAGCAUGCCAUGGGCCUCUUCGGUUGCCGGGAUCAUUCAAGCUUGGUAUGGUGGCAACGAGACUGGCAAUGCAAUUGCGGAUGUUCUCUACGGUGACAUAAAUCCAAGUGGAAAGCUGCCCUUGUCUUUCCCAGUGCGCAUCGAAGACAAUCCUGCAUAUUUAAAUUUUUCUUCGGAAAGAGGCCGUGUGCUCUAUGGUGAGGAUAUUUUCAUUGGAUAUCGAUGGUAUGAAGCCACAAAAAGAGAGCCGCUCUGGAGCUUUGGAUGGGGAUUGUCCUACACGAGCUUUCGCUUUUACGAUUUGCUGGUCCUAAACGACAGGCAAUCAAGUCAACUUGUGGUCAAGGUUUGGUUGGAAAACACUGGCAAAAUCGAUGGCGCAGAGGUUGUGCAAGUCUAUGUCUCCCAGCGCUCUCCGUCGGUCAGAAGGCCGUGCAAGGAAUUAAAGGGCUUCGCCAAAAAGUUUCUCAAAGCGGGAGAGGCCGCCAUGGUCGAAAUAGUGAUGGACAGAAAAUACGCGACUAGUUUCUGGGACGAGGAAAGAAACAUGUGGAUUGAAGAGGCAGAUACAUUUGAUGUUCUGGUAGGAAAUUCUAGUGCUGAAACCCCUUUAAGAGGUAGCUUUUCCAUCGAAAAGACAAGUUGGUGGUCUGGCUUGUAA